CUCUUUUUUGUGUAUGUAACAAAGAUGACCAUGAGUAACAAGAACAACAACAACCUCCUCCAACCUCUCACUUCUCUACUCCUCGGCGCAGCCGCGGCCGUCGUGUUCAUAAUAUUCUACCUCUCUUCGAACCCAACAACGAGUUCUAGUUCAAUGGAGAUGUUGGAUUCGACCAAUGGAACUCAGAUCACUUCAUUACAAGAUACAAGUAAAGCUAACACAGCUUCUGUUAAAGAGAAAGAGAAAUUCGAAGAUUUAUCGGAUCUACUAAAAGCCGCGGCGAUGGACAACGACACGGUGAUAAUGACAUGGAUCAACGAGGCGUGGGCGGCGCCGGACUCCCUCCUCGACCUCUUCUUCGAGAGCUUUCGCGCCGGCGAGGACAUUGAGUACCUGCUAAACCAUCUUGUCAUUGUGGCUAUUGAUCUAAAAGCAUAUGAAAGGUGCAAAUCCUUGCACCCAUUUUGCUAUUUCUACAAAGUGAGCAACACUAGCUCGGCUGAGGAGAAGCUGUUCAUGACCAAAGAUUAUCUUGAGAUGAUGUGGAGCAGGAACAGGCUCCAGCAAAAGAUUCUUGAGUUGAGAUACAAUUUUCUUUUCACGGAUGUGGAUAUCCUAUGGUUCCGAAACCCCUUGCGCCACAUCUCGUUAUUCGCGCACAUAACGAUUUCGAGCGAUGCGUAUUACGGAAAUCCCGACGAUCUUAACAACUUCCCUAAUGGAGGAUUCCUCUAUGUGAAAUCAUGUCAAAGGACAAUCGAUUUCUACCAAAAUUGGUACCUUGCAAGGGUGAAUUGGACUGGUGCACAUGAGCAGUGGGUGUUUAACCAGAUCAAGCACGAAUUUUCGGCGAAAUACGGAGUGAAAAUACAAUUCAUAGACACUGCUGUAUGCGGAGGAUUUUGUAAUCUUAACAAGGAUCUGAGCAAGAUAUGCACAUUGCAUGCGAAUUGUUGCGUCGGUCUCGGCGCAAAGCUCCAUGAUCUUAGAGGGCUUCUCGACGACUGGAGAAACUAUACCGCGCUGCCGAUCGAGGAGAAGAUGAAGGGAGAGUUCACUUGGCGACUUCCGGGGAUUUGUAUUCAUUGAGAAUUCACUAUGCAUGAUUCAUUGAAAACAAGAGAGAAGAGAUAGAGAAAGCGAAAAAAAAAAAAAAUGUUAUUUCAAAGUGUUAUUAUUAUUGGUUUUUUUUU